GCCUCCUUAACAAAAUCAAACGGAUAUUUUCAUUUGUCAGGGGUGUGGUAUUAGAACAACCACGAAGCGAAGAUUGUAACAUCGAAUGGAUCCCAACAAAUUGUACCGCAAAGCGGUACUCUUUUUCGGCUUCGUACUCCUCCUCCUUAUCGCAUACUCAAUUUUCAUCGGCACCGUCGAUCUCAGAUCCUACUUCUUACCCCAGCUACAGUCACGGGUUGUUGCACAAUCCCUCUGUGCAACCAACCCCAACCACCCUCUCAGGGUCUACAUGUACGAUCUUCCUCGCCGCUUCAACGUCGGAAUGAUUAAUCGCCGUAGCUCCGACCAGACUCCGGUGACCAUACGGACGUGGCCGCCGUGGCCUAAGAAUUCGGGGCUGAAGAGGCAGCACAGUGUGGAGUACUGGAUGAUGGGCUCGCUUCUGUAUGAAAGUGAAGGCGAGGGUGAGGAUGAAAGGGAGGCGGUUAAGGUUUCGGAUCCGGAAAUGGCCGAUGCAUUCUUCGUGCCCUUCUUUUCUUCGUUGAGUUUUAAUACGCAUGGGCACAAUAUGACGGAUCCUAGGACUGAAAUUGAUCAUCAAUUGCAGAUUGAUUUGCUGAAAUUCUUGUCAGAAUCCAAGUACUGGAAGAGAUCUGGAGGCAGAGAUCAUGUAAUUCCGAUGACACAUCCCAAUGCUUUUAGAUUUCUUCGAGCAGAGGUGAAUGAGUCGAUUCAGAUUGUUGUCGAUUUUGGCCGCUAUCCCAAAAACAUGUCAAAUCUGAGAAAAGAUGUGGUGGCCCCAUAUGUACAUGUUGUGGAUUCCUUUACAGAUGAUGAUCCUCCAGACCCAUUUGACUCUCGUACCACACUUCUUUUCUUCCGGGGGAGGACAUUCAGGAAAGAUGAAGGUAUUGUUCGUCUUAAGCUGGCAAAGAUAUUAGCUGGUUAUGAGGAUGUCCACUAUGAGCGGAGUGUUGCGACUGGGGAAAACAUAAAAGCGUCUUCACAAGGGAUGCGUUCAUCAAAGUUCUGUCUGCAUCCUGCCGGAGACACUCCAUCAUCGUGUCGCUUAUUUGAUGCUAUAGUGAGCCACUGUGUUCCUGUCAUCGUGAGUGAUCAAAUUGAGCUCCCAUUUGAGGAUGAAAUCGACUACACUCGAUUCUCAAUAUUUUACUCAUUCAAAGAGGCAUUGGAACCGGGCUACAUGGUUAAGCAACUGAGGGAUUUUCCCAAGGAGAAAUGGAUGGAAAUGUGGAGACAUCUUAAGAACAUUUCUCAUCAUUUUGAAUUCCAGUACCCACCAAAGAAGGAAGAUGCUGUGAAUAUGCUAUGGAGGCAGGUAAAGCACAAGCUUCCUGCGGUAAAACUUGCCACUCAUAGGAGUCGAAGGAUGAAAAUUCCAGAUUGGUGGCAAAGGAAGAGAUAAUUUCAGGUUUCAGGGGUCUAAUUUUUGUUGUACAUUCUGCAUUAUUCACCUUCACAGCGACAACCCAAUUUUACCCGGUUUGGCUGGUAAAGUUUACCGAGUGGAUGGCAUUAUCUUCAUCUCAUGGGUCAUUGAUUAUCUGCCACUGUCCGCAUUUUGGUGUCAUUGUUGAGGGUGACAUUUCUCCUGCUUCACCUUCUUAUUCUGGGUAUCCGAUAACCGUAGGGCAUGCCUUGUCUAACAAUUUUCUGGUUUCUAUGGGAUCCCACAGAAAAGGUCGAGUUCUUAUUGUGUAACUACACGAUUCUGCAGAGGGCUCUGUAUACAAUGACAAUUUACUGGAGUUGAUCUCA